AACAGAGGCCUAGUUAGCCGCAUAACUAAUGCGGAGGGGGGGACUAUAGCCCCCAUCUAGAUUUAUAGAGAUUAGACUCGUAGUCAAUGGAAUUCUGCUACCUACUCAAAGGCCCUUAUCAUAGCGCUCACACAUAUGGAACAUAAGACUAGAGGUCCACAACCUAGGCACGUUAGGGCAUCGGAUUAUUGUCACAUAAAGGAUGAUUCGGUCGAAUAAACGAUCAUCAUGGCUCCUUCUAUCGAAAUGACGAUUGGUGUUUGCCAUAAGGCAACUGUUCUCGGCAACAAGAUAGCCAUUCACAUGCUCGAAUAUGUUGGCACUGUCGAGAAACAUGGAUACCAGUUCGACGAAUUAGCACACGACUUUUUAGAGACAUGUCGAAUAAUGUGGUCUCUGGAAGCCGGCCUGACUGAAUGCUCCAGAAGCAACCAACGAUUUCCCAUCGAGAUGAUCGCGGAGCUCGACAAGAAGUUCCGAGCGGCGAAUUCGGAUUUCCAGGUCCUCGACCACAUGCUAAGUCGCCUCCUGGAGUACGAGAAGAAGGGUACCAUGGGGAAGAUUCAAAAGGGGUGGCGCAAGAUGUUUGCCGACAACGAUGUCGAAAGGAUGAAGGACAAUCUAGCCAAGACCCGAGAGGCCUUAAGGAUGAGUGCUCUCGUGUUCCAGUGGUCUCUGGGCGAUGCCAAGAUCGACGACACAGUCGGCAUUGGCUACACAGGCCUUGCGGCGGCACUCGAACGCAUGUCGGGGGGGAAGCACACCGCAGCCAUGACGAGGACGAAGACGCUUUCUAGCCACAACACAGUCACCCACCAAGCAGAAGAGAUACCGCCAGUUUGGCCAUUGCCCCCUUCUCACAACAGCCCACGCAGCAAGGGCUCCCUGACAGACCAUGGUUCUAUGAGAACACGAGACCGCGACGAUCCGCAAAACCAGGGCGGCGUCCAACUCCUCCCAGAAAUCCACCGCGAGCCCUCCUUAUCCAACUACACCAUCGGGAGCAGGUCGUCCUCCCACCAUGGCCGAGAACGCGUCAUGUCCACCAUUGACACCUUCGACCGAUCGAUCGCGCAAAGCUCCGCUCCUUCGGGCGGCAUCACCGAGGUAGACACGCUAGUGGGGGAGAUGGAUUCGUUCGAGCCCUUCAAAGUCGUCCGCGUGAAGGCCGACCCCCUCGCCAUGCCCCGUUGGUCGCCGCGGAACUCGGUGGCGUCUGAUCCGCCAGCCCUGAGAGACGCAUUGCUCUCCGCAGUCGAGGCGGGAAACCAUAAGUUGGUCGAGCAGUUGUUAGACCGAGGCGCUUCUCCGGAUAAUUCGUCCGACUCGCAUAUCCUAAACCAUGCCAUCACUCGCCAUGAUGCGGAAACCAUCCGUAUCCUUUUACUCUUCGGCGCCAACCCGAAUGCGCCCGAUAGCCGUAACGUGACACCCUUGUAUUUAGCAGUAGAGGAAUCCUUUCGAAAUGCCGUUAUUAUGCUACUAAAAUAUGGAGCGGAUCCCAACCUCGCAUCAGGGAACAAUUCCGAGACGCCCUUCGCCUUGUCCAUCAUCGAAGACAAGUUAGAUCUUGCCCGCAUUCUCCUCACGUACGGAGGCGACGUCAACCACACCGUGUCAAAUGGCGACAGCGUAUUGAUGGCGGCUAUUAUUAAGAAGAGAGCGAAGAAGGUGGUAGACAUGCUUCUGGAGUAUGGCUCCGAUGCAAAUGCGAAGAACAGAGAUGGACACACGCCUUUAUUCGAGGCCAUCGAGUCGAAUCGGAUAGAGGUUGUCACGAGCCUUUUGGAUCAUGGCGCCAACCCUAAUCUCCCUGGUCCUAAACAUAGGCUCUGGCCAGCAGCAGGCUUGCCCCGAAUACUCGAAGUCCUUCUCCACCGCGGUGCCGACCCCAAGAAAGCACCUGGUAUCAUGGAACUGGCUACCUCAAUCAACCACAUCGAAUCCGUCCGCGUGCUGCUAAAAGCCGGGGUCGAUCCCAACUCCAAAAAGGACGGCAUCUACACGCCGCUCUGCUCGUCUAUCCGGGAUAACCGCACCGAUAUAUUCGAGCUACUGUUAGCUAAUGGCGCCGACCCGAACCUCCCAAGCGCCGAAUAUCCCACCUUCAAAUGCGUAACGCACUACCGAACGCAGUAUCUAGCCCCCCUCGUGGCCGCAGGCGCCGACCUGCACUCUCCUAAGGGUAUUCUCGAAACCGCAGUCCAGUGCAAGAAUGUCGAGGCCCUGUACUGGCUGCUAGACACGGGGAGAGUUUCUCCUAAUGAUAAAACCCCCAAGACUGGCGCUACGCCCCUGACUACGGCGAUCAAGGAGAAUCGUGCAGAUUUAGUGGACCUCCUCCUCUCCCGGGGCGCCGACCCGAACGUGCGGGGCGAGAACUGGCCCGUCUGCAUGGCCGUGCACCAGCCCGCGAUCCUCAAGCGCCUGCUGCCGGUGCUGGCGGAGCCGCGCGCCUUCAAGGGCGUCAUGGAGAUGGCCGUCGUCGCCAACCAGCUCGAGAGCAUCAAGCUGCUGCUCAAGGCCGGCAUCAGCGUCGAGGACCGCAACGGCGGCGUCUUCUCGCCGCUCACCACCGCGAUUCGCGAGGACAGGGUCGAGAUUGUGCAUUUCUUGCUGGAGGAAGCCGGGGCGGACGUCAACUCGCCGGGCGAGCACCUGCCGAUCGUGAAGGCGCUGCGGCGGCUGCACGGGGCGGACACGGAGAUCAUCGAGCUGCUGCUGAAGCACGGCGCGGACCCGAACAAGAUCUACCGGGGCCACAACGCGUACAUCCAGGCGAUCGAGAACGGCGACGCGGGCAUACUGAAGCUGCUCAUCGACAAGGCGGGCGUCGACCGCUCCGUCCAGGACGACUCCGGCAUGACGAUGGUCGAGAUCGCGGAGCACAGGGGCUGGGAGGAGGGGAGGCUGUUGUUGAUGAAUGCGAGGGGGGUUAAUUAAUCAGAUAAUGCAGGUACCCGUCGGUAAAUUUCUUUUUGUUUUUUUUGUUCAAGUAAGUAGGUCUUUUAUUGUAGGCAUCCAUCCACCUCUGUCGAGAUGCUUUAGGAUGUAUAUA